AUGGCCAACUACCUCGCCUCCAUCUUCGGUACCGAGCAAGACAAAGUAAACUGUUCCUUCUACUACAAGAUUGGCGCGUGCCGCCACGGCGACCGCUGCUCGCGAAAACACGUCAAGCCGUCGUACUCGCAGACGAUUCUGCUACCGAACCUGUACCAGAACCCAGCCUACGACCCCAAGAACAAGAUGAAUGCGCAGCAGAUGCAGAUGCACUUUGAUGCCUUUUACGAGGACAUUUGGUGCGAACUCUGCCAGUACGGACUAGUUGAGGAAUUGGUUGUUUGCGACAACAACAAUGACCAUCUCAUCGGCAACGUCUACGUCCGCUUCAAGUACGAAGAAGAUGCGCAAAAAGCCUGCGACGCGCUUAACUCGCGCUGGUACGCCGGUCGCCCCAUCUACUGCGAACUAUCCCCCGUCACAGACUUCCGCGAGGCCUGCUGUCGCCUUAAUAGCGGCGAGGGCUGUGUCCGCGGCGGCUUCUGCAACUUUAUCCAUCGCAAGGAACCCUCCGCUGAACUCGAUCGCGAACUCGACAUGUGCACUCGCAAGUGGCUCAAGGAGAGAGGUCGGGAUGCCAGGAGCAUGUCCAGGAGUCCAACGCCCCAACCUGCUGCUGGGGGCGCGGCCAAGAGCAGGUUUUAG